AGAGGGAGAGAGAGAGAGAGAGAGAGAGAGAGAGAGAGGGAAAGAGGAAUAGAGUACUUUUGGAUAGUUUAUCUAGUGUAAAGGACACGGAACUGAUUGGACAGUAGGCAAUACCGUAUACCAGAGGUACUCGAUGCGCCGGUGCACCACCACCACCACCACUAGUAUCAGCACCACCACCACCACCGCCAGCACCACCACCACCACCGCCACCACCACCGCCAGUACAACCACCACCACUAUCAUCAGCAGCAGCAGCAAGCGAGCACGAUCAGCAUCGUAGCCACUGGCAGCACCGCCGUCGCGAGUCGCAGUCGCCACCGGCGCCACUACCGCCUCUACCACCGCCUCUAUAACCACCGCUCUUGGCAGUAGAGCCUCGCAGAGACGUCCACCUCGUGGUCGUCGGCACUUCCUAGCGGACGGUGCUGGUGUCCGGGUGGGUUCUAGGACGUGCGUUAGAUCGAAGCAAAGAGAGAGAGGGAGAGCGAGAGAGAGAGAGAGAGAGAGAGAGAGAGAGAGAGAGAGAGAGAGAGAGAGAGAAGGUUGACAGUAGAAUAGAAGAUUAAGAGAAAGAGGAAAAGUCGGUGGUGGAAAAGGGAAAAGAGAAAGAAGCGAUAGUAGGGGGUUGAGUCGAGCAGCGAGUCUUGCUCCCUUAGACGUCGCACACACGCGUACCGAUGCGCAUCGUCGUUCGUCGUGCUCGGCGCUAAGGUUUUGCGGCGCGCGCGAUAUUUCGUUUGGAGGGUUUCUUCCCUCCUCUCGGGAGUGCCGUCGACGGUUUUCUCGCGCGGGCUGCCGGCGAGGUAGGAGGUGGCGCGGAGGGCGAUCGCAGGGUCGUCGUCCUUGUCAUCCGCAGCGGCAGCAAGAGGAGGAGGAGGAGGAGGAGGAAGAGAAAGAGGAAGAGAGGAAGAGGAGGGUCCAUCGGUCGAAGUGACGGUGCAUGGUGAAGUGUCGCGAGCGGAGCGGUGUCGUCUCGUCGAGGAGUCGGAGGGGAGGAGGAGGAGGAGGUGGUGGAGGAGGAGGAGGAGGAGGUGGCGAAAGUAGGCGAGAGAGUAGUCGCAGGGGUAAGGAUAAGGGUGGUAUCGGGCCGAGCCAAAGCCGCGAGUCGUCGUGGUGAUGCCUCGCAUCGGCGGGUCCUCCAGGUCGCAGGGUGUCGUCGCAGGUGCGCUCGAGUCGCGCUCGCCCUCACCGACGACGCGGAUACGCUGACGAGUGCAGCCCACGGUGGCACGGCAGUCGUCGUCGCUCCUGCAGGCCAUGUAUUACGGCCCGGUAAUCGACCCUACCGGCAGCAGCUGCAGUGCCAGCGACCACCACCGGCGGCAACGCGACCACCACCAUCACCACCACUACGAUCACCAUCAACGGCAACAGCACCAACACCAACGUCAUCAUCGUCGUCAAUAUCAUCAUCAUCGUCAUCAUCGGCAUCGCCAUCGACUCCUUCCGAGUCCUGCCACAGAUUCGGACAGCACGGAGGACGAGCCGGCUUACGUCCUGUUACUUCGUUCGCCCAGAAGACCAGCUGCUGUCUCCUGCUGUCACGCAGCAAGGAGACCGGGCAGAAGACGACGCGACGGUGGACAUGCCGUCAGGAUAUUCCUCGUCGCCACCGCCGCUGCCUUCCUCGCCCUCGCCGUCUCACCGGUGUCCGGUACGUCGAACAAAAAAGAGGAAGAGACGGCGGUGGCCUCAUCGGUUGGAGUCACGGAGGAAAGCGGUGUCCUAGGCACGACAAGGUCCAAGCCAGGAAACGAUCCUGGAGGAGGUAUAGACUUAUUAGCAGCCCUGCAGCUGCACAAUACUACGCGGCAGGGUGUCACGCAGGUACCGGGACUGGUUAGACUGAAGGCAGCUUAUUAUCUUCAGGGCGAGGAGAGAGAGCUCCGACUCAGCGAGGCAAGUUUCAAACGAGCGGCUGCACUACUCCGGCGGGUUCCGGAAUUUACUAUAGCUGCUGCUCUACGCCAGGAGGAGGCCAAUUCCGGGACUAUCGUCGCCUUUUCACACGGGAACAAUAGAUAUUUGGAGCUGCAGAGCAGCGGACGCAAGGACGAACUUCGACUUCAUUACGUAUCACGCCGUGACGGGAGCGUCCACGUCGAGGCAUUUCCUUUUCGACUGGCCGAUGGCGCCUGGCACAGGGUUGCCCUGAGUAUAAGCGGCUCGCAGGUCGAGCUACUCGUCGACUGUCACCCUCUCUACAGGCGACUACUUAGGCCAGGUCCACCGGACACUAAUUUCACUCUACCGCAGCUCCAACUUUGGAUUGGUCAGAGAAAUGCUAGGCACUUUCUCUUCAAGGGUGCUUUGCAGGACGUCAAGCUGGUACCUGGACCCCAUGGAUAUCUCUCGCAAUGUCCUCAGCUCGAUUCGUCCUGCCCGACCUGCGGACAAUUUUCUAUGCUCCAGAAUACCGUCGAGCAGCUGAUGCACAAUCUCAACGAGUUAACGCGUAGGCUAGCCGCUGCAGAAGGCAGAAUAAACAAGGUCGAAGAGUGCGAGUGCCAAAAAUCUUGCAGAGCGAAUGGUACCGUUCACGAGGACGGUGCAACCUGGGAAAAAGGUUGCCAACAAUGUUCUUGCGUUCAUGGUGAAAUCGAGUGUAGGCCUACACCCUGUGCUCCUGUCACCUGUAAAAAUCCAGUCAUUCCUCAGGAACAAUGCUGCCCGAUUUGUUUAAAGCAAUGUUAUCUUCACGGUGUGAUCUACGAUCACGGCGUGAAAGUCUCACCGAAGCAGUGCGUCGAAUGCGACUGCUACGACGGUAGCUUCACUUGUCAAAGGUUCGACACAGAAACGAGAUGUCCACCACUGCCCUGUCCACCCAGCGAACAAAUCAGCGUUGCUGAGGAAUGUUGCAAGUACUGCCCAGGGGUGGACUACUGCGCGAAGGGCCACAAGUGUCAUGCUAACGCGUCCUGCCUGAAUCUCCAGACGACCUACGCCUGCCACUGCGAUAUCGGUUUCCAGGGGGAUGGUCAUAACUGUCACGACGUGGACGAGUGUAAGCAGCAAGGUGGAUCGGAAGGUCAUCACUGCAACGCCAAUACCAGAUGCGUCAACGUGAUCGGCUCUUAUACGUGCGAGUGUCUUCCUGGUUAUCACAGAGUCGACAAGUUCAAUUGCGCGGAGUUGGACGAGUGCGUUACGGGACAUCACACGUGCGACGAGCACGCGACGUGCGUUAACACUGCCGGCAGUUACUACUGCGUUUGCAAGGACGGUUAUGCCGGCGAUGGGCACACGUGUAAACCAAUUUGCAAUCAGACUUGCCAAAACGGUGGAGAAUGCGUGGCACCAGGUCGAUGUUCUUGCCGAAGGGGGUACAUCGGUAACAGCUGCGAACUCGACUUGGACGAAUGCGCCAGCGAUCUUCACAGAUGUCAUCGAUCAUCGAGUUGCUUCAAUAUGCCCGGUUGGUAUUAUUGUCGCUGUAAGCCCGGUUACAGAAGCGCCCUACACGACAGCACACAGGGUACUCAAUGUCUCGACAUCGACGAAUGCAACGACCAUACGAUCGAGAGGAGGCACACGUGUCAUCCCAGCGCAAAAUGCGUCAACACCGAGGGUGGUUACGCGUGUGCUUGUCCAAGGGAGGAUAACAACACGGAAGAAGAAUGUAGAUUGAGUUGUUGGUUCGAGGAUAGAGAAGUUGCGAACGGGGAUACAUUGGCACCAGCGGGGAACCCUUGCAGACGGUGCACGUGCAACGACGGCGUGAUAACCUGCAGAGAACCGAUAUGCGAUUGUAGCCUUCCUGGAAGUCGGAAGGACAAAUGUUGUCCGCAGUGCGACCCAGCGGCGUCCUGCAGACAUCAGGAACUUCAUCAUUUGGUCUUUAGGAGCGGGGAGCGUUGGAUAUACCAAUGUCAGACUUGCGAGUGCCUGUACGGCGAGAUCGAUUGUUGGCAAAUGGAGUGUCCACCGGUGACCUGCUCGAAUCCGGUAACCGAGGACGGUGACUGUUGUCCUCGCUGUGAGGACGAUCCUUGUGCUCGCGAAGUAACCUUGAAUGGUACAUCUCUGUCGGUUCUUAGUCAUCCAAGGCCAUGCAGCUACGCGGGCAUAAUACACGACAGUGGGAGCUCAUGGCAGGACCCCCAUGACAAAUGCACCACGUGCGAGUGCAAGGUGCCGUACUGCGCCCAAUUGGACGGGCAGCUAUGCUGUAGCUACGAUUACGGCUGCGCUGGCGAUCUGGGCGACGAGCAGCAGCAACGUGCUACAGUCGGUGCUCCUGAGUCUCUCGUACAGCCUCUAUCGGACGCUACGAGGUGGUCGUUGGUCGAGGGUACACAGGAAGCAGCUGUACCAGCGGUCACCAGGUCCUACCAUCAGGUCGAGUCGGUCUCAUCCUCGUACUCUUCCUCCUCCUAUUCUUCAUCGUCAUCGACAUCAGGAAGUUCAUCAGGGAAUUCAUCGGGCCCAGGUAGAAAGGUUUACCUCGGCAGUUCCAGACAGCAGUUCGUCCAGUUGCGAGACGAUCGUCGAGCCAGAGUCCUCGAUCAACAGCAACAACAGUCAAAACAACAGCAACAGCAACAGCAACAACGGACAACAACGACGUCGUCUACGUCGACGACAAGGAGUCAACAGAGCUUCGGCGGAGAGACGACGUCGUCGACGGUGUCGGCAUCGCGAGAUACGACCAUGGCGUCGACGACGUCGCCGACGAAGAGCGUCUCUUCGUCGUCGGGAAUCGGUAGCAAGACCCGAAACAAUCUCGUCGACGGUGCUAGAACGACUCGUCAUCGAACAGCUUCGAUCUCCUCCUCCUCUUCCUCCUCCUCCUCCUCAAUGACGGAGGAGAAGGAGAAGGAGGAAGAAGAUGAAAAACAAAAUGAGACAUACAGUAUUGAAUCUCGGUAA